CUCUGAGCGCGAAGAAGUCAGAAUGGGUAGAAAAUGCCAGCAGAGUGAGAAAGUUUUCGAUGUAGCUCAGACCUAGUUUGCCGCCAUGCGCUUGGCGAGGGGCGUUUGAGUGAAAGUCAGCAUUGCCCUCGCUUUCCAUGAAACGGAGGGCAGCUCGGAGUUGGCUGAUCCCCUAGCUCGGUGCCUCCCUAUUUCGGUCGUCUGAGAUCAAACUGAGACCAUGCCCAUCCUCAAAAACUCCAGCCAGGAUGCGGCCAGACCCAAAACUCGCCGGAACAGCUAUGUCUUGCCCAAGUUGCCAGUGCCGCCUCUGCAAGAGACCUUGAACAUGUACCUGAAGUCUAUGAGACACCUGGUCACCGAGGAGCAGUACAGAACCACUGAGGGCAUUGUGCAGAAGUUCGGUGCCCGUGGCGAGAUUGGCGAGUUUUUGCAGCAACAAUUGAUAAAGCGACAGGAAAGAGAAGCUAACUGGGUGUACCAGUGGUGGCUGGAUGACAUGUACCUACGCAAUCCAGUGCCCCUGACAGUAAACUCCAGCCCUGGGAUGGUGUUCCCCCGUCAGAUCUUCCGCGAUCAAAAUGAUCAACUCAGGUUCGCUGCCCGCCUGAUUGCGGGAAUACUGGAUUACAAAGUUGUAAUAGAUGCCCGUGCUUUACCUGUUGAUUAUGCCCGCGGUCAAUUGGCUGGGCAACCCUUGUGUAUGGAGCAGUACUACAAGCUAUUCUCAUCCUAUCGUCUCCCAGGUCACCAAAAAGAUACACUGGCAGUCCAGAAAAGCACCGUCAUGCCUGAACCAGAGCAUGUUAUAGUGGCUUGUCAGAACCAGUUCUUUGUUUUGGAUGUUGUCAUAAACUUCAGACGUUUGAAUGAAACUGACUUAUUCACUCAGUUGAGAAAGAUUGUGAAAAUGGCGGAGGACCAAGAGGAACAUACAGCUCCAAUUGGGCUGCUCACAUCAGACAGUAGGACUGAAUGGGCAGAGGCGAGGAGAGUGGUCAUGAGAGACUCUACUAACCGAGACUCUCUGGAUGCGAUUGAACGCUGCAUAUUUCUGCUGUGCUUAGAUUCCCCAAGUGGUGUUGAGCAGACAGAUAUAAACCUGGCACUGCAGAUAAUGCAUGGAGGUGACUGUCACAAAAAUAGAGCAAAUCGCUGGUAUGACAAAACCAUGCAGUUUGUUGUUGGAAAAGAUGGAAUCUGUGGACUGGUUUAUGAACACUCACCUGCAGAAGGCAUCGCAGUUAUACAAUGUGUUGAACACCUACUAUGUUACAUUAAAGAGACUUCAAAAAAGUUAGUACGAGCUGAUUCUGUCUGUGAGCUGCCUGCUCCAAGAAGACUGAGGUGGAAAUGUGACUCGGAAAUACAAAGAUAUUUAACUUCAGCAGCUGAUAAACUUCAGAGGUUGAUAGACAACAUUGAUUUAAAUGUGUACUGGUUUAAGACUUUUGGCAAAGACUUCAUUAAAAAACAGAAGAUGAGUCCUGAUGCUUUUAUCCAGGUUGGAUUGCAGCUGUCUUAUUACAGAUGCCAUGGGAGGCUUGUCCCCACUUAUGAAAGUGCUUCAACACGUCGCUUUCAGGAAGGAAGAGUUGAUAAUAUUCGAUCAGCAACGAAAGAGGCAUUCGAUUUUGUAAAAGCAAUGAUAGAUGGGGGACCGUCUAUAUCGGAUUCAAAGAAGAUGGAGCUUCUCUGGGAAGCAAUCAAUGCACAGACGAAUUACACCAUCCUGGCUAUUACUGGGAUGGCAAUUGAUAAUCAUUUACUUGGACUGCGGGAGAUGGCAAAGGAACUGCAAAUGGAUUUACCGAAAUUAUUCACUGAUGAAACAUACCUAAUAAGUAACCAUUUUACCCUCUCCACCAGCCAGGUACCAACUACAACGGAGGGCUUUCUGUUUUAUGGGCCUGUAGUUCCAGAUGGUUAUGGUGCUUCCUACAAUCCACACUUAGACCAUAUCAUCUUCUGCAUUUCUUGCUUCAAUGAUUGCAAGGAGACCUCUUCUACCAUGUUUGCAAAAGCUGUGGAAAAGAGUUUUAUACAGAUGAAGGAGCUGUGCGCUAAGUACAAUACCAAAGCAAAGCAAAGCUUCAUGGGGAAUAUAACACAGAAGGUUCAAAAUGGAAGGAAGUUGUAUCAUUAAAGUUCUCAGACUGUUGUACUGUGAAAUGCAUAAAUGGUCAUUUCUCUAUGCAAAAGAAUAGCAUACUGUUAUCAGUAUUAAUCCAUUUGGUAGCUGUAUAGAAUCUGAAAAAACAUUUACU